AAAUUCGUUCUGGUCGCCUUGGCUUUUGUGGCAUGCGCCUAUGCUGAUGUCUCGGAAUUGGGUUACAACUAUCCCAAGCCCACUCCAGCUCCAGUGGUUCCUUACUUAGUUGUGGAUCCUCCACCAGCACCAGUAACUCGCCAGGUUAUUCAAGAACUCACGAAUACCUAUCUUCCUCCAGUUACCCGUCAUGUUCAUGUUGAACAAUUCCAGAUCAGACCCCCAGCACCUGUAACUCGUCGUGUUGUGGUUGAACAACCCCAGAUCAAUAUUCCCCAAUCACUAAUUCAGAUUCAACCACCCCGACCCCAGAUUCAACCACCCCAAUCACUAAUUCAGGUUCAACCAGCACCAGUAACUCCCCUGAUUGUUGAACAACUCAAGAGGACCUACCUUCCUCCAGCUCCAGUUACUUCUUAUGUUCGUGUUGGAGAACCCCAAAUAUAUCCCCCAGCACCUAAAUUCGUUCUGGUCGCCCUGGCUUUUGUGGCAUGCGCCUAUGCUGAUGUCUCGGAAUUAGGUUACCGUUAUCCCCAGCCCACUCCAGCUCCAGUGGUUCCUCACUUAGUUGUAGAUCCUCCACCAGCACCAGUAACUCGCCAGGUUAUUCAACAAAUCAAGAAUACCUACCUUCCCCCUCGUGUUCAUGUUGUAGAACCACAGGUAUAUCCUGUAGCCCCAGCACCUGUAACUCAACCCAAGAUAACUUACAUUCCCCCAGCACCAGUAACUCGUCAUGUUCAUGUUGAACAACCCCAGAUCAAUCUUCCCCAAUCACUUAUUCAGAUUCAACCAGCACCAGUAACUCCCCAGAUUGUUGAACAACUCAAGAGGACCUACAUUCCUCCAGCUCCAGUUACCUCUUAUGUUCGUGUUGUAGAACCCCAGAUAUAUCCCCCAGCUCCUGUGACUCGCCAUGUUCAUGUUGAACAACCCAAGACAACUUACAUUCCCCCCGCACCUGUAACUCGCCAUGUUCAUGUUGAACAAACCCCGAUUAAGUAUGUUGUAGAGCCCAAAACCACCUACAUCCCACCUGCACCAGUCCGUGUUAAAUUCAUCCUGGUCGCCUUGGCUUUUGUGGCAUGUGCCUAUGCUGAUAUUGCGGAAUUGGGUUACAGGUAUCCCAAGCCCACCCCAGCUCCCGUGGCUCCUCGUUUAGUUGUAGAACCACCUACGACUACCUAUAUCCCACCAGCACCAGUAACUCACCUGGUUAUUCAACAACUCAAGAAGACCUACCUUCCUCCGGCUCCAGUUACUCCUCAUGUUCAUGUUGUAGAACCCCAGAUAUAUCCCCCAGCACCAGUAACUCGCCAUGUUGUGGUUGAACAACCCAAGAUAACUUACAUUCCCCCACCACCAGUAACUCGCAACGUUCAGGUUGUACAACCCCAGAUAACUUACAUUCCCCCAGCACCAGUAACUCGCAAUGUUCAGGUUGUACAACCCCAGAUAACUUAUAUUCCCCCAGCACCAGUAACUCCCCUGAUUGUUCAACAACUCAAGAAGACCUACAUUCCCCCAGCACCUGUAACUCGCUAUGUUCAUGUUGAACAACCCCAGAUAAG